AAGUUUUCAGCGAGGGUUUAAUACUUUAAUUCCUCUUGAAUAUUUAUAUUAAAGUCCUUUUUUAAAAAAAAUGAGAUCGUUAAAAAUUCAUAAACUUUAAAUUCUGAAUUUGUUUCUGUCUGUUACAUCCAAAUAAUACUCUCUUCAAUCAUUUUAUCCAUUCAAAUCUUUCUAUAAAUAGAACCCAAUAAUCUCUCAAUUUCUUCAUCCUUUAAUUAAUUCAAGUAUCAUAAGGGAAACAAAAAAAAUGGGUUCUAAAGCAUUUCUGAUUCUUGGCCUUUUUUUGGCCAUAUUUGUAAUGAUAAGUUCUGAUGUUUUAGCUAGGGAGUUGGCUGAGACUUCCACUACUACUUCUGAAGAGGAUUCCAAGAAAUCCAGUAACAAAAAUGAAGUACAUGAAGCCGAAUAUGGCGGGUACCCUGGUGGUGGCGGUGGAUACCCUGGUGGUGGUGGAUACCCUGGCGGCGGCCGUGGUGGUGGUGGUGGUGGAUACCCUGGUGGUGUCCGUAGUGGUGGUGGUGGUGGAUACCCCGGUGGCGGAUACCCAGGUGGUGGCGGCCGUGGCGGUGGUGGCGGCGGCCGUGGUGGUGGUGGAUACCCUGGCGGUGGUAGUGGCGGAGGCCGUGGUGGUGGUAGAUACUCCGGCGGUGGUGGACGUGGUGGUGGCGGUGGCCACGGUGGACGUGGUGGUGGUGGCCGGAAGUGUUGUUCGUGGUUGUGGUGGAUACCCAGUGGUCAUGGUGGUGGUGGAUACCAUGUGGUGGACGACGUGGAGGAUACCACCGGUACGGUUGCUGCCGCCGUGAUUACUACGGUUGCUAUAGAUGUUGCUCCUACAAAGAGAAUGGGUUCCAAAGCAUUUCUGUUUUUUGGUCUUUUUUUGGCUAUUUUCCUAAUGAUAAGCUCUGAGAUUUUAGCUACUGAGUUGGCUGAGAACUCUAAGAAAUCUGAAAACAAGAAUGAAGUACAUGAAGCCCAAUAUGGUGGAUAUCCUGGUGGUGGUGGUGGAUAUGGACGCGGUGGUGGUGGAGGAUAUGGACGUGGUGGUGGUGGAUACUAUGGACGUGGUGGUGGUGGAUACGGACAUGGUGGUGGUGGAUACGGACACCGUGGUGGCGGUGGUGGUGGACGACGUGGUGGAUACUGCCAGUAUGGUUGUUGUGGCCAUGGUUACAAUGGUUGUUAUAGGUGUUGCUCCUACAAAGGUGAGGCAAUGGACAAAGUUACUCAAGCUAAGCCACACAAUUAAUUAAUUACGUGUGGAGUACGUAGUAUAUUAUAUUAAAACUUUUGUAAUGGCAAUUAUGUAUAUUAUUAGCAAUGCUCUUUCUACUUUAGAGCUUGCUAUAAUAUUAGUAAAAAUGUAUUGAAUAAAAGCCAUGUUGUAGUAAUUUUAUUAUACAAUGGAAUUACUUAGACUUGGGCACCUUCAAUAUUUUAUCAUGAUAUUCAUUUUUACUGUAUUUCACUAAUUAAUAGCAAAAA